CCUUAGCAGGAAGAAGAAGAAGAGAAUAAAAUAAACAUCAACGUAAAGGAUGAAAGCUGUUCGCUAAAUUGGAAAUCUAUUUAAAUGCGUAGUACAUUAUGGAUUUAUUUUGUAUGCACACUGAAAACUACAGGAGGGAUCAAGGCCCAGUAUGUACAUGUUGUGAGUGAUUGGUAGAUCAAGAUGCCACUGCUCCUACAAACAGGUCAUGGAGAAAGCGAUGAACCCAACAGGCUGCAGAGGGAAAAGCCCCCAACGAAAUUAUAUAAGAACUUUACCGAACAGCAAAGAGCAAACUGUACAGAUCUCCGACAAAGAGCGCAGAGAUGUGGGUUUCGUGUUGGUGCACGUGGGGGCCGGGUAUCAUUCCGAAUCCAAAGCCAAGGAGUAUAAACAUGUGUGCAAAAGAGCCUGUCAGAAAGCCAUGGAGAGGUUGAGAGACGGUGCUAUGGCAGUAGAGGCAGUGACUGCAGCUCUUAUAGAGCUAGAGGAUUCACCAUUCACCAAUGCUGGUACUGGCUCCAAUCUAAACCUGGUUGGGGAUAUUGAAUGCGAUGCCAGCAUCAUGGAGGGAAAAUCGUUAGAUUAUGGAGCAGUCGGUGCUUUAAGCGGAAUCAAGAAUCCAGUAUUGGUGGCUAGAGCACUUCUGAAUGAAGCACAAAAAGGGAAGCUUUCAGCUGGAAGGAUUCCUCCUUGUUUUUUAGCCGGAAUGGGAGCACAGCAGUGGGCAGUCAGUCAUGGUGUACCUCCAUGUCCUUCAGAGAAGAUGGCCACCAAAUUUAGUUUGUCAGCCUUCAAAAGGAAUAAACGAAAGAUGGAGAUGGCAGAGAAGAUGGAACCAGAACAUAACUCUUUUAAGAGACGGCGACAGUCAAGUGGAACUCAGGUGAAUGAAAUGGUGGAUUUAGAGGAACCUGCCUCCUUGGACACAGUUGGAGCUGUUGUUGUGGAUCAACAAGGGAACGUUGCAGCUGCUGUCUCUAGUGGAGGUUUAGCUAUGAAACACCCAGGCCGAGUAGGCCAGGCUGCUCAGUACGGGUGUGGAUGUUGGGCUGAAAACGCCCGUGAUGCUAGACCUUAUUCUACAGCCGUGAGUACCUCAGGAUGUGGGGAGCAUCUGAUGCGCACCAUGUUAGCUAGAGAGUGCUCCACAGCUAUGCAGGCUGACAACGCUCAUCAGGCUCUCCUGGAUGCUAUGCAAAACAAGUUUAUCGGCUCACCAUUUCUGGCCAGUGAGGAUGGUGUUCUGGGUGGCAUCAUUGUUCUGAGAUGCUGUAGAUGUGGAGAGGACCACAGCUCUGGCAACUUGCAGGCCUUACUGGUUGAGUUUCUGUGGACUCAUACUACGGAGAGUAUGUGUGUGGGUUACAUGUCUGCAAACGACAGGAAAGCUAGGGCUCAUAUAUCUAGACUGCCUCCUGGGGCUGUGGCAGGACAGUCACUUGCGAUUGAAGGUGGAGUGUGUCGACUUGGGGGUGUUGAGUGACUCAACAGAGUAAAUUGCUUGUUUGGGAUUUUUUUUUUUCUUGUGAUUUUUUUUUUUAAAUAGCAAUAUGCCUAUGCUAAAGUCUAUGCUAAUGACAAGUUUGGAGAUUAUUCAAGUAAGCAACGAAAGGAAUACAUUUAUAAAUCAAGGUAGCUUGAUCUUACUCUUACUUUAGUAUCCUUUAAAUAACGAGAUAUACUGGCAGAUAUAAUAGUCAGAUCAUUGUGUGUGUGUAUGUGUGUGUGUGUGUGUGUGUGUGUGUGUGUGUGUGUGUGUGUGUGUGUGUGUGAGACACUGAAUCAGACAGAACAUUAAAACCAGUGAGUGGAUAUAUUAGACAGAAUGUAAAAAGUUGGUUCUCUAUGUUGGUGUGUUGGAAGCAGGAAAAUGGGAAGAGUAAGAAGAGUAAAAAGGCCAAAUUGUCAUGGCUAGAUUAUUGGGUCAUCUCCAAAACAGCAAGUCUUGUGUGGUAUUCCUGGUAUGCAGCGCGUAGUACCUACCAAAAGUGUCCAAAGACAGACAACCGAUGAUCCAUCUGCAGGGUUAUGAGCCCUCAAGGCUUUCUGAAGUGUAUGAAGAGCAAAGGGUAUCCCAGCUUGUCCAAUCCUUUAGAAGAACAACUAUAGCAGAUAUUGCUGAAAGAGAAUAAUUCUGGCUAUGAUAAAAGGUGACAGAAGGCACCGUGCAGUCAGGGCGCCCAUGCAGACCCCUGCCCACUGGUGAAAGCAUCGACAAUGUGCAUGCGAGCAUCAGAAUUGGACAAAGGAAGGAGCAAUGGAAGAAGGUGGCCUGGACUGACGAAUCGUGUUUUCGUGUUUUGUUCAGUAUGCUCUCGGUAAUAUUCUACUGGGAAACCUUGGGUCCUGGUGCACAAUAAUGCACCAUUCCAAACUGCAAAAAAAUGUUCAGAAAUGAUUUGAGUAACAUGAGAGAGUUUACAGUGUUGAUUUGGCCUUCAUAUUCCCCAAAUCUAGCACCUCUGAAAUGUGCCGCACAAAGUGUGAUCCAAGGAAGCUCCGAUUCACAAAGUUAUAUAUUGCUUACCUUAUGGUGCCAGAUACUGCAGCAUAUUUUAUUCCUCAGUGGAGUCCAUGCCAGAUGGACUUUAUCGAGGCAGAGCCAUUUCGGUGUCACAAGGUGGACCUUGGUUAAUGUUACAGCCGAUCGGCGUAAAUAAGUAUGAAUUAAAGCUGUUUAUUUUGGGAGCAUGCAAGCAACAUGAAGGCAUACAUGAUUUAAUCAUCAAACAGCCUUCCACAAACAAUCAGGCUGCUGCCCUUGUUUUGCACAGAUAUUUUAGAUGAUUUUCAGUUGUACUCCUAAUAUGUAUUGUAAAGUCCAUAUUUAAAUCAAUUUGCUUUGCCCCUUCAUGAAAUAAAAUGUUUACAACGAACCAUACAGCAUCUUGACCAAAUCUUGUCCUGAAUAUUACAAAAUGCUUUGUAUUGUUAUGAAUGCUCAUUUGAAAAGAAUCUAUGGACUAUAAAUGCACCUUAGGAUACUACAUGUCUGUAGUUUUCUGUACUGAGUGUCUGGGAAUGGUUUAUUAAGAUCACUGCGUACAGAAUCAAAUGGUUAUAUUUGUUUAAUAGUCAUCCUUAUUGCUGUUGCACAAAUUAGCUUUUGGAAGUGAUAUUAUUAUUAUUAUUUGGAAGUGAUCUAAUAUUCUUAUUGCAGUUUUGCUGUGAGUAUAAAUUGUCCCAUAUGUGUUGUUGGGCAGGGAAAUAUACUCUAAUAUUCUGAUUGCUCUAGAAAUUAAAAUUGCACUAUUUUCUUGAAUUAAACCUGGCUCU